AGGAAGUCCAAACGGUGCGUUGAGGCUUCAGGCUUGUGCGGGCGAAGAAAUUCAAAUUUCUCCCAAGUACGGCUACAACGACGAUCUACACGAGUCUACGAGCCCUCAACCUCCACUCCCAGAAUUCCCUCACUCGCUCUUCGAAAUCGCUAAUCUAUAGAAAAAUUCCAGUCAUUUGCAGUCACCGGAGGAAAUGAUUUCCCAAAUGCAAGAGCAACACGAGAAUCCGAAGAGGGAGUGGUCGUUACAGGACUUUGAGAUCGGGAAGCCCCUCGGAAAAGGCAAAUUCGGUAGGGUAUACCUCGCCAGGGAAGUCAAGAGCAAGUAUAUAGUGGCAUUGAAGGUGAUAUUCAAGGAACAGAUGGAGAAGUACAGGAUUCAUCAUCAGUUGAGGAGAGAGAUGGAGAUACAGACUAGUCUUCGUCACCCAAAUAUAUUGCGUCUCUAUGGCUGGUUCCAUGACAGUGAACGGAUUUUCUUGAUACUUGAGUAUGCUCAUGGUGGUGAACUUUAUAGGGAGCUAAGGAAAAAAAGCUAUCUCAGUGAGAAGCAGGCUGCCACGUACAUUUCAAAUCUUACCCAGGCAUUGGCAUACUGUCACGAAAAGCAUGUCAUUCAUAGGGAUAUCAAGCCAGAAAAUCUGUUGCUUGAUCAUGAGGGUCGGUUGAAAAUUGCAGACUUUGGGUGGUCUGUACAGUCCAGAAGCAAGAGACACACAAUGUGUGGAACAUUGGAUUAUUUAGCACCAGAAAUGGUACAGAACAAAGCUCAUGAUUAUGCAGUUGAUAACUGGACUUUGGGUAUCCUAUGUUAUGAGUUCCUCUAUGGUGUCCCUCCAUUCGAGGCCGAGAGUCAAAAUGAUACAUUUAAAAAGAUCGUUGAGGUUGACCUGAGCUUCCCUUCCACUCAUUCUGUUUCUGCAGAAGCGAAAGAUAUCAUUUCCCGACUUCUGGUGAAGGACUCUUCAAAAAGGCUCUCUCUUCAGAAGAUCCUUGAACACCCUUGGAUUAUCAAGAAUGCAGACCCUUCAGGCUCCAGCAACAUGAUUAAGUAACUUCCAUUCUGAAUUUACCUUGUUUACGAGGAUUGAAAACAACUGCACCUAAUGGUGUUUAUAUUUGGGCCAAAAAGAUGGUCUUCUUACAUUAGUGAGCUUGUCUUCGCAAUGACAUCAUUGUAUAUUUUACUAGCCUGAAGGACAAAAAAGGAUUUUAUUUUUCCUGAAAAUAUGAAACGUUAGAUCA